AUGGCUGAUAUAGAAGUUGUAAACAGAAUUUGUCAGAAAUUCAAUCUGAAGUCACUUACAGAUCAACAAAUUUCGGCGAUCGAUGCCCUGAAGAAAGGAAACGACACAUUUGUUGGGACAAAGACGGGGAGUGGGAAAUAUCUGGUCUACGAAAGCUCGCCGAUUGAGAGAAUGUUCGUGUUUGGAAGCCCCGAACUUCUUGUCGGUGAUGAUAAAUGGAGAGAAGUUUUGAGAAAUCCAAUCUUCACAUCAAAACACCAAUUGAUUGUGGUCGAUGAGGCCCACACCGUAAUUCAGUGGGGGCUAGAGCAUCAACAAGAAGGGCCAUUUCGACAGUGGUUUGCUCACAUAGGAGAGAUGCGAUCACUUUGCAGUGGGGUACCUAUACUGGCGCUCACUGCGACAGCUAGCCCCACACACAGAUGCCAAAUUAUGCAGAAACUGUGUUUUCGUCAUCCAUCCUGUAAUUCUAGACAGUCCAGAUAG